UCUGCCCGACCGGUAACAUUUCCCAGCGACCUCACGUUCUCUCGCCUCUCUUCCCUCUGCUCCGUUCAUUGCCCUCUCGCCGUGGUCGACAGCCGCCGGCCACACUGACCGCCACCCACACCGCCGGUUACAGUGCGAACGGACCAGCGGCGACCCGCAUCUCUCACCGCCGGCAGCCCGAACGAACCGCCGCAUCUCUGAGCAGUGCAGGGAAGUAACCACAAAUUAGAGCAAACGUAACGCUCUGUUCUUACUGCUCGUGAAUCAUCUGCAAGAUGGUUUCCUUCGAGAUGAAUGACCGGAAAAAAAUUGGGCUUGGAUUGACGGGGUUUGGUAUCUUUUUCUCCCUCUUGGGAGUCCUCUUCUUCUUUGACAAGGGACUUCUAGCCAUGGGAAAUAUACUUUUCUUGUCGGGAGUGAUGUUAACCAUUGGACUGAAGUCCACAAUGCAGUUCUUCAUGAAACGACAGAAUUACAAGGGUACAAUUGCUUUCGGUCUGGGUUUCUUCUUGGUUCUUAUUGGAUGGCCUAUCAUCGGCAUGAUCCUUGAAUCAUAUGGGUUCAUCGUACUCUUCAGUGGUUUCUGGCCAACACUUGCAGUCUUCUUGCAGCGGAUACCUGUUAUUGGUUGGUUAUUCCAGCAACCAUUUAUUUCAUCAUUUCUGGAUCGAUAUCGACCCAAAAGAGUCCCUGUGUGAUCAUUCAGAUGAACAUGUGGUGGCAAGGACAAAAUAAUUCUUUGGUGCAAGUAGAAGUUUCAGCUGUUGUUGCAGAUCGAUUGCAUUGUCCACUCAUACUUUUGUAGUGCAGUUAUUCACCAUCAUUGUAUUCAGAAAUUUUGUGCAGUAUGCAGGUAUGGGUGGUAAAAUUCAUCUGUUCAUGUGAAUACAUCAGGGUUGGACCAUUAUAGAUAGAUAUUCUGGAUCCGCCUUCAUGUAUUGACCUACGAAGCAGCUGGAAGGCCCUGUUUAGUGCUGAAACUGACUUGCUUGCUAAACUUCUUGUGCUUUGUUAAUUAGCUGUUAGUUCUGUUGAAUCAAUUGGUAUGUUUUCCAAAGUAGUCCACAAGGUCAUGUUUUCAAAAUUGUAAAUUCUGUUUUUGUCAUUUUUGUUUGACAUAUACUUGCAAUUCUGCUUCUGCUAUUUUGAGACUC